UCCCAAAGGCUGUUUAUAUUUCAUGCGCCUGGUACUCGUCCCACGCCAUCUAGAGUUCCGUCCGCUGGUUAUUCACUACGCGCCUCUUUCCUGCAGUUGUCUAUGCGAAUCGAGAAGCAACUCCUGACCGUCCGAUCGCAGGGCCAGAAUGUCUCGAGUCUGGUCCGCGAUUCGGCGCUGGUUUCUCUCCCGCGAAACCAGCGACAAAUCCUCCGGGAAUUCCGCCGCAUUUCGCGGCGAUGGCGCUUCCACGAACAAUCUCAACAUCAGCGUGCGCGUCACCUUCCUCGAAGCUUCCUCCCGUCCGCGACCCCUCCGCCUGAUGACGCUUUACCUUCUCGGCUUACUGUUCACGGCCGUGAUUAUUAUCCCCGUAACGAAUCGGCAUCUAUUGAGUAUUAACGAGUCCCCGGGUCUGCAAACCCUUGAUGGGAGUCAUGGCGGGAACAUUAGACUGGGGACAGGCCGGAGAAUUAUUAGGGAAAGCGGAGAGGGAGGAGGAGGAGGAGGAAAGGCAGGAAAGGAGGUUGAUUUGACCGUUGGAUUGCCUGACUUGGAAGGUAGCAACAGCAGCAGCGGCGGCAGCGGCGGCGCUAGGGACGGAGCGAUUGAUAGUGAAGGAAGUGGUAAUAUCGGGGGAAUGGUAGGCGGGGAUGGGGAAGCAAGGGAAGACACAGCUGGUGAGAGUAUAACGGGGGAGAUAAAGGGUGAAGGGAGCAACAGAACAGUGGGAGAGAUUGGCGCUGCAGCAGCAGGCUCUUAUAAUGAAGGGGAUUCAAAGAGUGCGGUUGGCUUAAAGGCCGGUGUUGAUUCGGAGUCUGCGAAAGGUUCUAGGAUAAUUAAUGCGUCAGAGAGUGAGAGGGAAAAGAGUGAGAGGGAAAAGAGUGAGAGGGAAAAGAGGAGAGCAGAGGAGGAGGAGAGGGAGGAGGACAAAGUGUUUACAUUCGAUGAUGAGGAAGAGGAGGAUGAAGGGAGAGGGGGAGGAGGAGAGGGAGGGCGAGGAGGUCAGAGGGCAGGGUUGAGAGGAGGAGCAUCAGCAGAAGUGCAAGGCUCAGCUGCAGCAGCUUACCCCUCAGUGGAGCGCAUUCGUUCCUGUGAGGGCGUGGCUGAGGACGACAUAGUCCUCCGCAGGCUCCUCUCCCCCACCCCUUUUAAACUCACGCCCAAGACCCUGCCCUCCAACCUCGUCCUCUCCUUCGCCCUCGGCCUUUCCGCAACCAACCUAUCAGCGCUUGCCACGUCAUUCAGAAAGUUCGUGCUAGGAAGCAGCAGCGGCAGUGGUGCUGGCGGUGGUGAUGGGGAAGGGGAUGGUGGGAGUGAGAGUGGGAGUGAGGGGCAACAUAGGGGCGCUCUGCUGGUGUUUUUCGUGCAGGAGUGGCCCAAAGGGUGGAAGCACCAGGGGGGGGUUGCACUACAGACGUUCUGCUCCCCAGAGGAAGGCAAAUGGUCAUCAGCACAUGCCACCAACCUGCGCUAUCGGGCCUUCCAUCUCUUCCUGCGCUCCCUGGACUUUGAGGGGACUGUCAUUCUUGCUGACCCAACCGACGUCCUCCUUCUUGCCAACCCGUUCCCAACACUCAAUGACAUGUCCUUUCAUCUAUACACUGGCUCUGCUGUCUACCCAACGCAUGGCAUUCGUUUCCUUCCUCCAGAGCACAAGCGCCUUGCUGCUUGUUACGGCACCCGCCUGGCCUUCUCGCUAGCAAAUUCACGGAUAAUCACGUCAGGCUUUGUGGCAGGCACUCUGAGCCAGGUGCAGGAGUUCUUGAUCCAAGUCAUUGAGGACUUUGAGAGGCUACCAGAGGAUUGCAUGGCGCUUGAGGAGAGCGAUGAAGCUGUUGUGAAUCAUCUCGUUCGCUCGGGGAGGCUGAAGGAAGGUAUAGAAUCGUUGAGGGUUGAGGAUGCACAGCAUGGGAACGUGUUGCAUCGGUUUAGUGCAGAGGACUCUUUUGAAUUGAAGGAAGAUGGAAGGGUUGUGAAUGCCGUGGGCAGGACAGUAGUUGCAAUCCAUGGGUAUGACAAUUUCAUUGACUCGCAGUUGCUUGUAAAGGAUGUGACCGAGAUAGCAAGGCUACAACAGUGAGAACAUUUCUGGAUUUGCAGAAGU